ACCACAACUAUUCACUCCGCGUAAUAAUGAAUCAUUAUUCUAACAUUAAUCAAAUAUUUGGGGUGGGGAUCAACAGGGUAGAUAACUCUAUGACGUCAGCACAUGGUAGCUCGCCAAGCCGGAAGUAGGUGAGAUGGAAUUGAAACAGAUUUAGAAAAAGAACACAAAGUCGUUUUUAUAGCCUAGAAAUAAAAUAAUAAAUCGUUUUCCGACCAACUUUCACUUUCACGAAGCCAGGGAGAGUCUGUAAAUUGGUGCAUGAUGUUUUAUAAACGACCUCGUAGUGUACAACGAACAGUUUAAUUAAUUUAGUGUAAUCCCCGCCAACAUGAACAAGCGUAAUACAGUAUUAGCAUUUGUUGAUACGUUUCACAUUCUAAAAUGUUAACAUGAUAUAAUGUGACCAUUGUAGUGUUCUGUCAAAUGUCAGUUUUGGUGGAACAUGAUAGAAUAUUCUCACUUUAUUUUAUAAUUUAUUAUUUCAACUUUUCAUCACAUUUCGGUUGUGGUGAAAGUAGAAAUGAGACAGGUGUGAAUUAACGAAAUACAAGUACUCCGUUAUCGUAUUUAAGAGUUUUCAGGUAUCAGUACUUUAUUUGAAUAGUUUGUUUAUGAUGAUGAGUUACUUUUACUUCCGAUAUCUCAAAACACACAGUGUCUAUACUUUGCGCUUGUUAGUUUUUCAACUUCCACAGAGGACUCCAAUUCUUUUUUACCCACUGGGAUAAAUUAUCUAAAUGGAUAUUGUAUCACUUACAGUAAAAAUAUUUUUAUGUAUACACCGAAGUACAAUUUCUUUUUAUAGAGGUAAAUUAGUUAGAUCACUACUUUAGAUAUUUUUUAAGACUCUGGACUUCUAGCUAAGAUGAGUACUUUAGCCACUUUGGGGGGGCUGGUGAGAAAGAAGGCGAGUGGGAGGGAGAGAGCCCCUCAACCGACCCACCCUCCACCCCUUCCCCACAAAUGUCUCCAUGGAUCCACUUCUUCACAACCCCACUCUUCCACCGUCUUGCACACAAGUGUUUGGACCGGACAGCCUCGGUACCAUAAAAGAUGACGAGUGUACAUUGGUCCAUUUGAAAAAAGUCUCCAAAACCCGGCCACCCCGGAGCAAAGGAGCCACCGCCCGCCUGUGAAUGUCCACCGGUCUCCCGCCACCCUCCACGCCCGCGCCGGUGAUGCCAUGCCGCAGGGUCACGGCGGCGACGAGAGCGGCGGUGGUUGUGGUGCCGGUGUUGUUGGUUCCGGAAUCUGGCUCAAGACUUCCCCAGGGCGCCUGGCACGGGAUCUCCCCCCGAGGGAUGUGGAGUUCGGCCACAGGACGAUGAACCACGCGGUUCGGACCGGAGCCGUGGACGGGCUGGGGCCGCCCGGAGCCGCCGACCGAAGGAAGCAGGGCGCCCGGCUCAGCCUGCUGGGCAAGCCGCUGGCGUACAGCGCACAGGGCGGCAGGAGGAACGCGCGCUAUCGCUGGCUCCAGAACUACCUGUACAACGUCUUGGAGAGACCCCGGGAGUGGGCGUUUGUCUACCACGCUUUUGUGUUCAUCCUGGUAUUUGGAUGCUUGGUCCUGUCCGUGUUUUCCACCAUUCCUGCUCACCAGGAAUUCUCCUCGCACUGUCUUCUCAUCUUGGAGUUUGUGAUGAUCGUUGUGUUUGGUCUGGAGUACAUCAUCCGAAUAUGGAGCGCCGGCUGCUGCUGUCGCUAUCGAGGCUGGCAAGGACGCCUCCGAUUUGCCCGAAAGCCAUUCUGUAUCAUCGACAUCAUCGUGCUGAUCGCCUCUGUCGCCGUGGUUUCCGCCGGCAGCCAGGGCAACAUCUUCGCCGCCUCAGCCCUGCGCAGCCUCCGCUUCCUGCAGAUUGUGCGCAUGGUGCGCAUGGACCGGCGGGGAGGGACCUGGAAGCUGCUGGGGUCUGUCGUCUACGCACACAGUAAGGAGCUGGUGACGGCGUGGUACAUCGGUUUCCUGGUGCUCAUUUUCUCUUCCUUCCUUGUGUACCUGGUGGAGAAGGAGGAAAACAAGGACUUUGCCACCUACGCUGAUGCCCUGUGGUGGGGCACGAUCACACUAACCACCAUCGGCUAUGGCGACAAGACGCCGCAGACUUGGACUGGGAGAUUGUUGUCUGCAGGCUUUGCUCUCCUGGGAAUCUCCUUCUUUGCCUUACCUGCUGGCAUCCUGGGUUCAGGUUUUGCGCUGAAGGUACAAGAGCAACAUCGCCAGAAGCACUUUGAAAAGAGACGAAAUCCUGCCGCCAGCCUCAUCCAGUGUGUCUGGCGUAGUUACGCUGCCGAUGAGAACUCGGUUUCCGUUGCAACCUGGAAGCCUCAUUUGAAGGCAUUGCAUACCUGCAGCCCCGCCAAGAAAGAGCAGGGCGAGACCGCAUACAGUCAAAAGUUGAGCUUCAAGGAGCGAGUCCGCAUGGCCAGCCCGCGGGGGCAGAGCGUGAAAAGCCGCCAGGCGUCUAUUAACGACCGCCAGCGCUGUUCCCCCGGCAACGAGGCGGCAAGCGGCGGUGGCGAGCUGAUGGGUCAAAGCCCCGCCAAGGUGCAAAAGAGCUGGAGCUUCAACGACCGCACGCGGUUCAGACCAUCACUUAGGCUCAAGAGCCAGACGCGCAACGCAGCUUCAGACGUGGACGCUGGCAUGACAACGGAGGAUUCCCAGGAUGAGCGAGGCUGCCACUGCGAUAUCACGGUCGAGGACCUGUCCGCUCCCCUCAAGGCGGUCAUCAGAGCUGUCAGGAUCAUGAGUUUCCACGUGGCCAAGAAGAAGUUCAAAGAGACGCUGCGUCCAUACGACGUGAAAGAUGUUAUUGAGCAGUACUCUGCGGGACACUUGGACAUGCUGUGUCGCAUCAAAAGUCUCCAGACCAGACUAGAUACAGUUGUAGGUCCUGCACCCAGGCCCCUCAGCAGGCGCGCCAAGACCUUUUCCUCACCGUCCCUGCAUUUGUAUUACAGUCAGGCCCGGAGGAAGUCAUCUGCACCGGGACAGGCCCACUUGAGUAGUCGACUCAGGAACAUGUCGUCUCCCGCCCUGCAUUACAAUUAUGCCAACAGGAAGAAGAGCUCAGCUUCAGGAGUGGACCAAAUCCUGGGAAAGGGCCAAAUUGCCGUGGAUAAGAAGAUGAGGGACAAACUGAACCCGGACGGAGAUUCUCACGAUGGCGUCAGCAUGCUAGGUCGUGUCUGUAAAGUGGAGAGGCAGGUUUCCUCCAUCGAGUCCAAGUUGGACUCCCUUCUGGACCUGUACCGCCAAGUCCUGCAGCGGGGUCCAUCUGCUUUGACCCUAUCUUCCCUGCCGCUCUUCGAGCUGGGCCAGCACCGCGACUCCGACUACCCGACCUCCAUCCUGGACCGGGAUCCGCCUUCCCCGCAGGGAAGCGACGGCAACGCCCACCCAAGGGGACUACGGCUCAUCCUGGCCCCGGCCGACAGUGACGAGGGUCCCCCGGACUCCGCGCCUCCCUCCUACCCGCCGUCCACCGCCUCGCUGUCCCCGUCGCCCCUGCUGCCGCCGGACAGCCCCUACCCCACGCUGGUCACCCCCAAUGGCACGAGGCGGGCGCACUUUCCCGACCUGCCUCCUCCACCUCCAUCCACGGGAGGCUUCACCCUCCAAUUGCCUCCUGUCAUGCACCCCUCCCACCUGCGCUGCCCCGUGCCGGAUAGCGUGGUGGCACAUCGGGGCGGCCCGGGCCCAGCCGUGGUAGUGGGACCCAGCGAGGAGACCGGUUUCGUGCAGCUACGGGAGAAGCCCGGCUCCAAAUCCGACGCCACCUGGAGGCGACACGUGAGCCUGGAAGUGGACCCCUUGCUUAUGUUGUCGCCUGGCGACGUCCCGUCAUCGUCUGACUGGGGGGGCGCCCUCGGGAAGUCCUUCUCCAUGCACGAGCUCAAUCGACACGGUGGUGAAGGCUGGAGCGGGAGCGGACGCUUCAUUUGCGAGCGCAAACUGCCGCCUGCCAGCAACCAUUCAGACUCUGACAGAAGCCCGGCUCAAGAUGUGCUCGCUUCAGACUUCCUUGGUCAUUCGCCACGUAUCCAGCUGGCCUGACCACACACACACACACAGAGUCACUGAAUGCCACUAUUGGGGAGACCACUUUCAAGUCUUUCUACAGGAAAUGAGAUGUCCUUGCUUGUGAAUGUAAAUUUCUUGCCAUCUUUAGUUAAUUUUCAUCAACUUUGUUUCAUGCGGUGUACUUAUUAGGCAAAAAUGGCAUCUAAAUACACCACUUGCAAAACGGGGUAUUGGGCUUUCAUUUGCUUUUUUGGCGAUGAUCGUAAAACAUUAAAAUGCCCACAUUGCCCAAUUCAGGGGUGCUAAAGGGAAUAUCUGUGACCCCCCUCCCAAAAGUAAUGACAUUUCAUAUAGAUUUUUUUUUUAAUGGAAAUGUUCUUGCAAGUACUGAGACACUCAACAUUUGGACAUAAGUAUUCAAAAUUUCAUUUUAAAUAUAAUAAUUUCCCUUAUUUUGUCAUUUCAUUUUAGAUAGAACUUUUUCAAAAAUGUGAUGUUUGUUUAUAAGUUUUGGAUACAAGCUGCUUUCUGUCAAGAUUAGUACAGUGAACCCCUGUUUAUAAAUCACUUUUUUUUUCAAAAAAAAUAUACUUGGCAGACGUGGAGCAGCAACACAUGCAAAUAGUUUAUAAAUGACAAUGCUCACAGCUUUUUUGUGGCAAAGGCAACUGUAGCUGAAUUGGAGAUCUCUUCUGCACUUUCUUCUUACUUUUGAUCACGUGGUAUUUUUCCACUAGACCCCAGUGCUCCCUGGCAUGUUUUGACACAACAUGGUGUUACUUUGAAGGUGCGCAACUAAAUUCGGACUUGCCUGUAAAACUGUAAAUUUAUGAAGAAAAAAAAACAUGAUUUAAAAAUUUGCGAAUAUAGUGGAGGCUCAAAUGAUGAAAUGCUGUUGGCGAUGUUGUAUUAUAUGUAAAGUAGCAGUAUGCUGUCAUUAACUCAAUAACAUGAAUGCUAACACAUUGCUACCAGCUAGCUACAUGCUCCCGGUGAUAACUUGUCUUGAUUUUGUUUUUUUACUGAUAAUAAGAAAAUUAAAUGAGUUCUUAAAGCCGCAUGUUCUCGAUGCCAAUCUGUAAAUCAUGUCAAAAUGUGACAUGUUUGAAAUAAUUAAAUCAUAAGAAAAAUACACCAAAAGAUAAUCGAGAUCUAUCUAUGAAUAAUUUUACAAUGCUCAAGAAAAAAACAAUGCUGGAAAUGUAACUUUUCAGAUGGCGCUUUUUAGGCAUCAACACUCAUUUGUGUAAUAAUCUGUUAGUUUUAGACCAAUUUUAACCAUCUUUGUGGCAAAUAUUGUUACUCUUGUCAAAAUCGUCCUCAUAUUUCAACCGUGAACAGCUUUCUUGUGUUGCUCAAGUCUCAAAUUGUUUUCGGAGUGGUUUACACUUCACAGUAGUCUUAAAUCUUUUUACAGUAACUUCUCAUGUAUUAUCUUUAAUCUGCUUAUUAUGUUUUCUUGUUUGCCUAGGAACAAGACUGUGGUAUUUUUCAGGCCAGUGUAAUUCAAUAUGUUGUUGCUGGUAUGAUGCAAUACAAAAAGCACAGUGGAGGCUGUGGCACCUGAAAAUGUGACGCACAACACUAUUUGAAUGUGUAAUGUUAGGGAAUAUUGAUUGAUGACGUCAUAACAAAGAAAGAAAUAAUUCACGUCAAAGAAUCUGUUAAUCACUUCACGGUACUUUUUUGUUGGUGUAGUUUAGCCACGAAUGUCAUGUUAAUUGCAAAUCAGUCGACUAAUUCGGGGGAUCAUUUGUCAAUCUAUUUCUUUUUAUUUGCAAAGCUCCAACCACUGAUUUUUUUCAUUGUAUUUUAAAUCAUGCAUUUUUCUUUAUACUGCUUGAAUGGUAAUUUAUUGUUUACAAUUACACAACGGGCCUCAAAAAGCUUGACAAUGUUAACACGACGUUUACUUUGAAAUUAAUUUAUUACAAGUGCACAUUAAUUCUCUGAGUGAGAAAAAGCCUAAAUGAUUUUAUUAUUCUUUAAUAAAAAUUUUAAGUGAA